UUAUCGGACGCUCCUGGUACGGUGUUUAUUAUAUCCCCCCACUGCGUUUGACAAGCAAGCAGCCGGCUCUUGUGGAAUCGAUAUGACACAACGUCAGCUGUAACAUUAGCGAUUUUUAAUAUUGUGUUAACUGUCGCAUCAUUGCAUUGGGAUGCAGUCACGGAUUGUGUGCAGUGGCACGGCUGCUGCAAUAGCUGCACGAAGAAUCAGGAAUAUUUUAGGUCCCGUACUUGGAAGAGGGGGCUGGUCAAGCAAACAACAUGAGGUCAAACUUAUAAACACGACUGCAGGUGAUACUGUUAAAAUUGGUGACAUUUCAUUCAAGCUGAAGUCACCUACGAAUCCUGAACUUGUGCCUUUUAAUUACUUGUCUGAAGCUUUGCCGCAGACAGUGGCCCAGCAUCUCAGAUGGAUUAUGCAGAAAGACCUUUUGGGACAGGAUGUGUUUUUGAUUGGUCCCCCGGGUCCUCUUCGCCGCUCCAUCGCUAUGCAGUAUCUGGAGCUGACGAAACGAGAAGUGGAGUAUGUGGCCUUGUCUCGAGACACGACGGAGACAGAUCUGAAGCAGCGGCGAGAGAUCCGAGCCGGCACAGCUUUUUACAUCGACCAGUGUGCCGUCCGCGCAGCGACGCAUGGGAGGAUCCUGGUGCUAGAGGGACUAGAGAAAGCUGAGCGAAACGUCCUGCCCGUUCUCAACAACCUGCUGGAAAACAGGGAGAUGCAGCUGGAGGACGGGCGCUUCCUCAUGUCUGCACAGCGCUACGACAGACUGCUUCAGGAUCACACUAAGGAAGAGAUGGAUGUCUGGAAGAUUGUGCGUGUGAGUGAGGAUUUCCGAGUGAUUGCACUGGGCUUGCCUGUCCCCAGGUACACUGGGAAUCCACUGGACCCUCCCCUCCGCUCAAGGUUCCAAGCCAGAGACAUUUAUUACUUGCCUUUCAAGGACCAACUAACGCUUCUUUAUGCUGCUGGACCGAAUGUCCCAGCUGAGAGAGUCUCUCAGCUCCUGUCCUUUGGUACGACCCUGUGCUCCCAAGAGUCUUCUAGCCUUGGCCUUCCAGACUUCCCAGUGGACAGCCUGCCCGCUGCUGUUCACAUUCUGGAAGCCUUUCCCAUGCUGUCCUCCCAACAGCUCCUCCAAAGACUCUACCCCUACGACAUGUUGCUGGCAAAGGAAGGCAGGACUGCAGUGGAAGAUGCUCUGAGUAGAUUUGAGCUGCUUGAUUCAGGCAAGCACCAUUUCCCCAGAGGGAUCAUUAAAGUAGAAGAGAAAGAUGGCAGCCAGACCCCACAGGCAGCAGUUACUGUGCAGAUCGCAAGCAAAGAAGUCCCAUUUCAGGUCCCAGCUGGAACAAGACCUUUAAGAUCCCACCUGGGAGGCCUGAACUUCAUUAGGACACCCAGUCAUGACCGACUGCUGGCAGAAAUGAUGCAGUCACACAUGGUGAAAGACAUUUGUCUGAUUGGUGCAAAGGGAUGCGGGAAAUCUGUGAUUGCGAAGGAGUUUUCUGAGAUGCUGGGCUACAACGUUGAACCCGUAAUGCUGUAUCAGGAUAUGACUGCCAGGGAUGUGCUCCAGCAGAGGUACACCCUUCCCAAUGGAGACACAGCCUGGAGACCUUCUCCCCUGGUCACUGCAGCCCAGGAGGGCAAGCUGGUCCUUCUAGAUGGCAUCCAUCGAGUCAACCUGGGAACACUGUCAGUUCUCUCAAGACUAAUCCAUGACCGAGAGCUGACUCUGUAUGAUGGCACACGCUUGCUUCGUGUAGACAGGUAUGAGUCUUUGAAAGAGGAGCUUCAGCUGUCGGACGAGGAGCUACAGAAGAGAUCGAUCUUCCCGGUCCACCCUUCUUUUCGAAUCGUCGCCUUGGCGGAGCCCCCGGUUGUGGGCAGCAGCACUCAGCAGUGGCUUGGACCAGAGCUACUCACCAUGUUCCUGUUCCAUACCGUCAAGCCUCUCACAGUGACUGAGGAAACCCAGAUCAUCAGAGCAAUGACUCCAAAUGUUCCAAAGGAUGCCGUUGAGCAGUUACUGCAUUUAACCCACAAACUUCGGAAGACGAACGACCCAACAGCCCAGUCAUUGGCAUCUUCUUUGUCCACAAGACAGUUAUUGAGGAUCUGCCGACGUCUUUCGCAGUACCCAGAGGAAAGCAUUUCUCACGCUGUAAACAAAGCCUGCCUCUCCAGGUUUUUGCCUAACCUUGCGAGAUCUGCUUUGCAAAAGAACUUACUGGAUUCUGGAAUUGUGGACAGCUACGUUGUGUCAAAGCAGGAAGAAAAGGAUAAAAGUUGUGAAAUAAAAGAUGGAACACUGAAGAUUGGAAAGGUCUCUGUUCCUGUCUAUAAUCCAGAUGAGAAGAUGAAAGUUCCUGACAUCCUGUUUUAUGAAAAUGCUCAGCACAUGAUGGUGAUGGAGGACAUGCUAAAGGACUUCCUGCUGGGGGAGCACCUGCUUCUGGUUGGUAACCAGGGCGUUGGGAAGAACAAGAUAGUUGACAGAUUUCUGCAGCUCAUGAACAGGCCGAGGGAGUACCUGCAACUUCACAGAGACACCACAGUGCAGACCCUCACUCUGCAGCCCUCUGUUCGGGAUGGUAUUAUCAUCUAUGAGGAUUCCCCACUGGUGAAAGCAGUGAAGAUGGGACACAUCCUGGUUAUAGAUGAAGCUGACAAAGCCCCAACCAACGUCACCUGCAUUUUAAAGACUUUGGUAGAGAGCGGAGAAAUGAUUCUUGCCGAUGGAAGGAGAAUUGUUGCAGAUCCAGCCUUUGCCAGAGGCAGGCCAAAUGCUAUUGUGAUCCACCCUGACUUCCGAAUGCUUGUGCUGGCAAACAGACCUGGCUUUCCUUUCCUGGGGAAUGAUUUCUUUGGAGCAUUAGGAGACAUAUUCAGCUGCCAUGCAGUUGACAAUCCCAAGCCACAGUCAGAACUUGCCAUGCUAAAGCAGUAUGGCCCAGAUGUCCCAGAUCCAGUGCUUCAGAAACUAGUAGCAGCGUUUGGAGAGCUGAGGGCGAUGGCAGAUCAGGGCACCAUUACAUACCCAUACUCAACCAGAGAGGUUGUGAAUAUCGUCAGACACCUGCAGACAUUUCCAGACGAAGGACUUGCAAACGUGGUGCGCAAUGUGUUUGACUUUGAUUCCUACAACAAGGAAAUGCGUGAGAUUCUCACCAGCACCCUGCACAAACAUGGAAUCCCGAUCGGAGCCAAGCCAACCAGCGUGCAUCUGGCCAAGGAGUUGCCAUUGCCCGAAUGCAGACUCACUGGCUACUGGACGACAAACCAGUCUGGAAACCCACGCCAGAAGCUGCUGUGCCCCACUGAGACUCGCCAGACAGACAUCAAGGGUCCAGUGUUUUUAAGAGUCCAGGGAUACCCGUUGGAACGACACGAGGCGCGAGCCCUGAGCUUCACUGAAGAGCAGGCACACUGGCAGAUCCCCAUGAACGAAGUGAAUAUCGUCUGUGAUGUAACCACAGCCACAGACACUAUUUAUGUGGCUACCUGCAACCCAGUCUCCUUGUACGCUAUGCAUGUGAGUGGAGACACUGUACAGUGUAUGGACCUAUACGAUGUCUUCCCCAGGACUAUCAGCGGUGUCUGGCAACCGUUCGUAAAAGUAGCGGCUCUUGGGGGUCCCCUUCAGGGCCAAGUUGUGUUGCACGAGGAACAGAGCAAUGCUGUCUUGCACUUGGAUGUGACGAGCGGAGCUGUGCGCCGAAUCAUCCUGUCUGCGGAGGGUCAGGAGACCCCUAAGAACCCAUCAUCCUGGUGGAGCAACAAGCAAGACCAGGGUGCUUUCAAAAUGUGCCGAGAGUUUUCACAGAAGAACUGGCUUGUCUUCUACAAAGAGAAUCAGAACCACCUCGAUGUGCUGGACGUGUUAGAAGGCAGAGCUCACACUAUCUCCCUGCCAAUCAACCUCAAGUCCGUCUUCCUGGUGGCUGAAGACCGCUGGCUGCUCGUGGAAAGCAAAACCAACCAGAAGUUCCUGCUCACUAAGCCGAUGCACAUGGGAGCAGAGGACACUGGGGUCUGCCAACUUCAUCCAAUCACUGAGGAUCCCGUCAGCACUGGUUUCGGAACGACAUCAGGUGUGGAGCUCACAGUCCCAUACGAAGUGUCCAGAGAUCAGUUACCUGCAGAAAACCUGGGGGCAGCGCUUGGGCAGAAGAUUGUGUCUCCCAACAGGGUUCUUGCUGAUGAAAACAACUAUGCAGCCAUUGUAAUCGGCUUUCCAGAUCUAAUGUCUCCUAAUGAGGUGUACAGCUGGAAGAGGAAGUCUCCUGUUGCCGGGAGCAGCUCUGCAAGGACCAUCUUCACCGAGGGCCGCCAGAGUGGGGCUGUGAAACAGACCAACUGUGUCAGUCUGGUCGGAGCCAGCCAGCUCAUCCGUGCUAUACCUGCUGGAGACGUGCCUCUGAAAGAACUCUACCCCAAAGAAACAAAGCCUAUACAGACUGCUGGCUUCUUGGAAGUAACCGAUCUGAAUUCAAAGAAGAUAAAAUAUAUUCCUAUUCCAAGGUCAAGGACACUAUCUCCCUACUCCUCCUGGCUCUCCAAGAUCUCCCACACAGACGUGUUGCUGGCCCCCAUGGGCGGAGGGGGCGUGGUCACAAUUGACAUGGGCGGGUACGUGAGGCUUUGGGAGACGGGAUUGGAUACUCUACAGCGCUCCCUGCUGGAGUGGCAAAGUAUGAUUGGACAAGAGGAUGGGAGGCCUGUGCAGAUUACAGUUCAGAGAGACAGCGGCUUGGAUGUGAGCUCUCCUAAACAUGGAAAGGUUGACCAUGACAACACGCCGCAUGUUGGUGGCAAUAUGUGGGCUGGUGGAACAGGGGGCCGAGACACAGCGGGACUGGGUGGGAAGGGAGGCCCGUAUCGCCUGGACGCAGGACACAAGGUGCACCAGGUGUCUCAGGCAGAGAAGGAUGCUGUGCCGGAAGAGGUGAAGAGAGCUGCCAGGGAGAUGGCUGAGAAAGCCUUUAAAGACAGGUUGAAGGAAAUUCACAUGAGUGAGUACGAUGCGUCCAUGUAUGAGAAGUUCUCUGGAGCUGUGAAACGGCAGGUGCAGUCUCUGCGAGUCAUCUUGGACAGUCUACAGGCUAAAGGCAAAGAGAGACAGUGGCUGAAGAACCAGGCCCUUGGGGAACUGGACGACGCCAAAAUCAUUGAUGGACUGACAGGAGAAAAAGCCAUCUACAAACGCAGAGGAGAAUUGGAGCCUGAGCUGGGAACCCCGCAGCAGAAGCCGAAGCGCUUGCGGUUGUUGGCAGAUGUCUCGGGCAGCAUGUAUCGCUUUAACGGGCUGGACAGCAGACUGGAGCGCUCCAUGGAAGCAGUCUGCAUGGUGAUGGAGGCUCUGGAGAGCUAUGAGCACAAGUUCAAGUACGAUAUUGUGGGGCACUCAGGCGAUGGCUUCGACAUUGAGCUGGUCAGAUGUGACAAGAUUCCGAAGAACAACAAAGAGAGAUUAAAGGUUCUCAAGACGAUGCAUGCCCACUCUCAGUUCUGCAUGAGUGGGGACUAUACCCUGGAAGGCACCGAGCAUGCAGUGAAGGAGAUUGCCAGAGAGGAGGCGGAUGAAUACUUUGUUAUAGUACUGAGUGAUGCCAACCUGGAGAGGUACGGCAUCAGCCCUGACCGCUUCGCACAGGCGCUCACCUGCAACCCACAAGUGAACGCCUUCGCUGUAUUCAUCGGCUCCCUGGGAGAUCAGGCCGUCAGGCUUCAGAGGACACUACCGGCGGGGCGAUCUUUUGUCGCGAUGGAUACCAAACAGAUCCCACAAAUCCUGCAGCAGAUCUUCACAUCCACCAUGCUGUCAAGUGCCUAAGAGUUGCUGCUUUCCAAAGGGCCCCAUCCGCCAUGCACGAAGAGCAAGCCAGCAAACCAAGGGCAGGAGUGAAAAGACAUCCUGACAGACAAGUGCCUGAGUACUGUGAGGGAGCUUUUAUCCAUGUGAUUGUACCAGAAAUUAAUACUUCCAUACUCAUUUCAAAUAAGGGACUUCUGAAAAUUAACUAGGGAUGCUGGUGUUAGUUUCCAUGCUGUUAUCAAAUAUGUAUUUUCGUUUUGUUUCCUGCUUGCAAGAUACCCUUUUAAAUAAACCUAGAAACAUGUAAAUAAGAGAAAUAUGAGUUAAAAAAAAAGGAAAUAAAUAAUGCAAAUACGUAUUAGCUUAGUUUAGAGUAAACUAAUGGAAUGCAUGAAUGAAGAAUGCAGACAUUCAGACAGCGAGUAGUAAAUCACUGUCGGUGCUUGGAUGUUCAGCUAGAUCUAAAGUAGAUGAUCAAUGUCGUCUGUGUUUCAAAACUGAGAACCGCACGCAAAUGCAUUGUCUGCUUGAAACUAAUCCCUGUUUGUGUUUUUUUUGGUGUUUUUUUUAACGUCAUCCAAGAAUCUUGAUUCUCAAUAGGAUUCUCUUUUCAUGAACUUCCUCCUGCUGUACCCUUUGACCCUGUAUAGAAGGAAGUGGGGGAGGGGGGUAGAGUAGAUAGGAAUCCUGGGGCAGUGAUCCCAACAUGCCCUACCAGAUUGCACAUGCUUGCUAAAGACCACAGCUCUCUGGAUGUUUUCCAUGGCCCAUCUAUAUAAAUAACAUAACAGUGCUCUUCCUUUUCAAAUUGGUGGUGGUUCCGGACAGAUAAUAGGACAGUUUCCAUUGCAUCAGUUAACAAACAAGAAGCACAUGCAUGCAUUGUUAUUGGUUUGUGGUUGGAAUGUAUUUCAGUACAGUACCUGAAUAGUACAGUGAACAGUUUGUUAAUGUGUUUGGUAAACAAACACAGAGGUAAUUAAAAAAUCAUUGAACUUCCCAUUCCUUUGAACAGCGGUAGGGCUGACAUUACCUUAGUGAAACCAGCCCCUGAAAUGCAUUCUUUCUCGUGAAAAUACCUCAGUAAAUCUCAGUUCAGUUCCAGUGUAGAGCAGCUGGGUCAAUGUCCAGCCUCUUUGAUUUAGGGGUGUUAAGCACACACAGGUCGUGAUUGUAGAAGAAGAGUGUGAUCUCAUGAUAAUGAAAUGUAUGAAAUGUGUUUUCUGUUGGAGAACCAGCAGUGUCCUUGUGUGGUGUCAUUUGCAGUGGAACAAAGACAUUUUUAAACCUUUUGAUUUAAAGUUGUAGCUUUUCUGCUGCUCAGCUGGUUUUAACCCUGUAGUGCCCAAAAAAAGUUUAAAUGGAAAAAAAAUGUAUUUACUUAAGUAGAUUCAGUUUCUUGUAUGUAUUGCAUAUGAAAAGUUCUGUCUUGAUUAAUAAAAAUAUAAUAUAGAGGGGUCGCUAAGCAUUUUAUCAUGAGUGAAACAGAAGUGGGCAUAACAGGGUGCCUUUUUCUGAGGAAAUACUAUGUGCUGAACUGAUCAAAUAAUAAAGCUGGUAUGAUCUCAUUGUUUGCCUUUGUCUUU